GGUCAACUGCUUUAUUCAAGUGGGCCUUUUUAGAGGAUUGCUUUUACUCAAGGGCAAAUUAGACAAUGCAAACUCCAAAGUCAAGAGCUGGAACCUUGGAGGUGCCACAUAGGUCACCGAAAACCGCCAGGCAGCUCAAAGCUUCAGGAGCAGAACCUGACAAUUCUUCGUCUCAAAGUCCGGCGAACCGAACACCAAAAGCUAGAAGUCCAAAAGUUGCUGACCACCGGUCACCUCGUACUCCAACAUCCGAGAAAAAACGUCCUGGCAGAGUGUCUGAAUUGGAAACUCAGCUUGCUAAUCUCCAAGAAGAACUUAAGAAAGCCAAGGACCAACUAAGCCAAUCAGAAUCAUGGAAGAAACGGGCCAACGAGGAUGCUGAAGAGGCCAAAAAACAACUUGCGGACAUGACAGAAAAGCUCCAGGAUUCGCAACAACAGCUAGACGAAAUUUCGGCUUCUGAAGAAUCCCGAGUUCAAGAACUCCGAAAGAUCUCUCAGGACCGCGACAGGGCUUGGGAAUCUGAACUCGAGGCUGUCCAGAAACACCACUCUAUGGAUUCUGCUGCCUUAUCCUCUGCCAUGAGUGAGAUUCAGAAACUCAAGAUUCAGCUCGAAAAGGUGGCAGAAUCUGAAGCUGCUCAGGCUAAAUAUGCCGAAUCAGCUCACAAUGAGAUGCUGACCUUAAGGCUAGAGCUAUCUGAAACUCUUGCUAUAGUUGAAGAACUCAAAAACCAAUUGAAUGACAGCAAAGAUUCUGAAGCUAGAGCUUUGGAAGCUGUUAGUCGAACCCAAGAACAACUGGAAAUCAUAAAGUCAACAGAGGAGACACUCAGGUCUGAAAAUCUGAAAGCCAUGGAAGCUUAUCAUUCUUUAACGGUGGAGUUGGAGAAUUCAAAAGCUCAAGUGAAUUCGUUGGAAGGAUUCGUCAGCAAACUUCAGGAGAAUCCAGCAGGGGAUGUCGAUGGUCAAGAAGAGCUUAACAGUGUGAAAUCUGAGGUGGAAAAGUUACAGGGGGCACUGGAGGGAGCUGAAAAAAGAUAUCAAGAGGAGUAUAUUCAAAGCACUUUGCAGAUUCGAAGUGCUUAUGAGCUUGUGGAACAAACACGAUCCGAAUCAUGCCAAAAAGUUGCAAUCUUAGAGGCAAAUUUGGAAAAAUCAAUAGCCGAAAUGGAAGACUUGAGGGCGAAACUGGUGGAGAAAGAAGCCAAACUGCAAAACACAUCCGAGGAAAACAAGAAAUUGAAUGAAAAGCUUGAGAAAACCGAAUUAACAGAGAAAGACACUGAGCAUGUCAUGGAAGUAAAGAGAUUGGAUGCUGAUUUGGUGGAUCUGAAGAGGGUCAUGUUGGAUAAAGAAACAGAGUUGAAGAAGAUAACGGAGGAGAAGGAAAGACUGAUGAUGGAGAAGAAUGAGAUGAAGGAUGAAGCUGUUGAAGCUGCGAAAAUUGCUGAGAGAGAAGCAGUUACAAAAGUGGAGUAUUUGACAGAGGAGGCAGAUAAAAGUAGUAGAAAAGUAGCGAGGGUAACAGAGCAAUUGGAAUUAGCUCAGGCGGCAAACGCAGAAAUGGAAGCUGAGAUGAGGAGAUUGAAAGUGCAGUCGGACCAAUGGAGGAAAGCGGCAGAGGCGGCUGCCGCCAUGCUUUCUGGUGGUAAUAAUGGGAAGUUUGUGGAGCGAACAGGUUCACUGGACUCCCACACCAUUGGUGGGAAGUUGAAUUCACCAUUUUCGGAGGACAUGGAAGAUGAAUCACCCAAGAAGAAGAAUGGCAACAUGUUGAAGAAAAUUGGGGUUUUAUUGAAGAAGAGCCAGAAGUAACUCUCAGAUACACAUUUAGCAGGUUUGUUACUGGAGCUGAAUGAAGUUGUUAGGGUUUUAGGUUUUAUUAUGUUUUGGGGAGGAUGGAGUUGCAGGCAGGCAGGCUUGCUUCUUUUAUGUAUAGUGAAGUUGAAUUGUAAUGGGGGUUUGACUUUGACUCUUGAGAGUAUGAUUUUGACCUGCCGUAUGUCGUGUGGUGAUGAUGGAGAAUGCAAGUGUUUGUAAUAAUAUUUUUAGUUAAAACGCAACAUUUAACGUCUUUUCAUCGCCAUUUCUGAUUUAUCAAGAGCAUCAUUACCGCU